CACGACUGUCUCUUACCACGGACAGACGGCAGGACAGUGAUGAUUACAGUAUAGUUAGCGAAUUAUCGAUCGUUAGUUGUAAGUGAAUCUAAAUUUUGUGUUAUUUUUAAUCGUGUGUGACUUUUGUGCAGCUGUGCUAGUUUAGUGCGAUUAUAUUUCUGGAGGCUUUUCUGUUUUUGGGAAUUUCGAGAAAAUGUUGCCACCCAGAUUGCUGCGGUGGGCGUUCACGCUCCUACUGCUAGUAGCUGUCAUCUCUGUCUCAGAAUCUUCACAUGUCCGCAGAAGACUUCGCAAGCCCACCAAUGUCUCCACGUCAGUCACAUCCAGCGUCUCCAGGUCUUCAGACCAGAUCAUAUCUGCCAGUGUGAACAGACCUAAGAUCAGAGGCCGCCCCAACAUUGCUAGGAAAUCAACUGCUGCUAUUGACAAUUCUGUUGGCACUGACGAUCAUAAAGAUAAGGAUGGAUACAAGGUCGUCUGUUACUACACCAACUGGUCCCAAUACCGUACAAAAAUCGGCAAGUUUCUUCCCGAAGACAUCCAACCUGAUCUUUGCACUCACAUCAUUUUCGCUUUCGGGUGGUUGAAGAAAGGAAAGCUCAGCUCCUUCGAGUCCAACGACGAAACGAAAGAUGGAAAGACUGGAUUGUAUGAUAGGAUCAAUGCGCUGAAGAAAGCGAACCCGAAAUUGAAGACUUUAUUGGCUAUUGGUGGCUGGUCUUUCGGAACUCAGAAGUUCAAGGAUCUGUCAGCUAGCCGCUAUGCUCGCCAGACCUUUAUCUACUCAGCUAUCCCCUACCUGAGGGACAGAAACUUCGACGGCCUCGACGUGGAUUGGGAGUACCCCAAGGGCGGUGAUGAUAAGAAGAAUUUUGUGCUGUUAUUAAAGGAGCUCCGCGAAGCGUUUGAAGCGGAGGCCCAGGAGAAAAAGAAGCCUCGUUUGUUGCUGACAGCUGCCGUGCCCGUCGGCCCAGAUAACAUCAAAAGUGGAUAUGACGUCCCUGCUGUUGCUAGCUAUCUCGACUUCAUUAAUCUCAUGGCAUACGACUUUCACGGAAAAUGGGAACGAGAGACUGGCCACAACGCCCCACUGUAUGCUCCAUCAUCAGACUCCGAGUGGAGGAAACAGCUGUCUGUUGACCAUGCUGCCCAUUUAUGGGUCAAAUUGGGAGCUCCUAAAGAGAAGCUGAUUAUUGAACGAGAACCUCAAGUUCUCUGCUACUUGACAUCCUGGUCGUCCAAACGACCUAGCGCGGGCCGUUUCCUACCCGAAAAUAUUGACCCAAGCCUCUGCACCCACGUCAUUUUUGCCUUCGCCACUUUGAAAGAUCAUAAGCUGGCUGAAGGUGAUGAAAAGGAUUCUGAUAUGUAUGAUAAAGUUGUCGCUUUGAGAGAGAAGAACCCUAAUUUGAAGGUCCUACUCGCUAUUGGUGGCUGGGCGUUCGGUUCUACUCCAUUCAAAGAGCUUACCUCUAAUGUGUUCCGUAUGAACCAGUUCGUGUACGAAGCCAUUGAGUUCCUCAGGGAUUACCAGUUUAAUGGUUUAGAUGUCGACUGGGAAUAUCCUAGAGGUGCCGACGAUCGUGCAGCCUUUGUAUCUCUCCUCAAAGAACUCCGUCUGGCAUUUGAAGGCGAAGCCAAAACAUCUGGUCAGCCUCGUCUGCUGCUUACCGCCGCUGUCCCUGCUUCCUUUGAGGCCAUCGCUGCUGGAUACGAUGUACCUGAAAUCUCCAAGUACUUGGACUUCAUAAACGUGAUGACGUAUGACUUCCAUGGACAAUGGGAGCGACAGGUCGGUCACAACAGCCCUCUGUUCCCUCUUGAGAGCGCCACAAGCUACCAGAAGAAACUUACUGUGGAUUACUCAGCCCGUGAAUGGGUACGACAAGGAGCUCCGAAAGAAAAGCUGAUGAUCGGUAUGCCAACUUACGGCAGAUCAUUCACUCUUAUCAACGAAACUCAAUUCGAUAUCGGCGCUCCCGCUUCGGAGGGUGGCAAAGCCGGCCGCUACACCAAUGAAGCUGGCUUCCUCUCGUACUACGAAAUCUGCGAGUUCCUUCGUGAAGAUAAUACGACUCUUGUAUGGGAUAAUGAGCAGAUGGUGCCUUUUGCGUACAGAGGCGACCAGUGGGUCGGUUUCGAUGAUGAAAGAUCGCUGAAAACUAAGAUGGCAUGGCUCAAAGAAGAAGGAUUCGGCGGUAUAAUGGUCUGGUCAAUCGACAUGGACGACUUCCGAGGAUCCUGUGGCACUGGGAAGUAUCCUCUGAUCACCGCGAUGAAGCAAGAACUCAGCGGUUACAAGGUCAAGCUGGAUUACGACGGACCUUACGAAUCUUCCAAUCCCAAUGGCCAGUACACCACUAAAGACCCGACUGAGGUGACAUGCGAAGAAGAGGACGGACAUAUUUCCUACCACAAGGACAAGGCAGAUUGCACCAUGUACUACAUGUGUGAAGGAGAAAGGAAACAUCACAUGCCUUGCCCUUCAAAUCUCGUGUUCAACCCUAACGAGAACGUCUGUGAUUGGCCAGAAAACGUGGAAGGUUGCGGUCACCACACUCAAGCGCCGGCUAGACGAUAAGAAAUGAUUCUAUAUAGAAAUAUAACACUUUUCUGUUCAUGUUUGCUUGGUUAAAAAAUUCAGGUGCCGUUCUUAUGUGGCUACCAUUACAACGAAAAGAAAUAGUUUUUAUUUUAAAUGAUACAGAGUUCUCAUUGCUGUAGUUUAAAAGAUAUCGCACACUCAAUGAUAAAAUGACAUAAUUCGAAAAGUGACAUUUCCAAGUAACUGACAAAGUAAAUUUAAAAAUUUUAACGUAUUUAACAAAAAAUAACAUAUAUGCUACGUAUGUUCUUUUUUCAUUUCUUGAAAAGUUCUUUAUUUAAUUUAGUCACUACUUAAUUGAGUGUGUGGUAUCAAUAUCAAGUUAGUAUGCUUGUAAAUUCUCUACAACAUUAUGAAGCAAACUUGAACAGAAUGUUUUUUUUUGUAUGUAUGUAUAUGACUGCUACUCAACAAAAAUAAUUUUACAACAUCCACCAAUACACUAAGAACUUUUUUAUUUUUAUAAAUGAAAAUGUUAGUAUUUAUUGGCUUUAUAUAAAACAGCAACUUAGUAUGUGAUUCAAUGCAAAGUAAAACAACAAGUUUGGUGAACGUAUAUUUGAAUAAUUACGUAUUUUAAAUUAUGCCUUAGAUCGCUUUACUCUCCCAAAGGCUCAUAAUAUAAUGUAAUAAAAAAAUUACAAACAAAACAUAAUCUUACAUAGAUUUUUCCUGAAAAUUAAAAAAAAAACCUAUGUCUGCUAACUGAAAUAACAUACUUCCCUCAUUGUCGUAACCAAUGA